CAUUCUGCGUCUCUAUCCUACCGAUACACACUUCUUAACUAAAUUUUAAAUUUCUUUUCUGAAAUAAAAUGUCUAAAAAAUCUGAAAAUCAGCCGUGUAUGGUGUGCGGAGAGAUAUCUUAUAGUAUCCGGUUUGGGGCAGUUUCAUGUAGGGCUUGCGCAGAAUUUUUCCGACGCAAGAUAGUUUCAAAAGCUAGAAUACCAAAACGGUGCAAUGGUGCUUGUGAUCUUGGAAAAUAUCACCGAAAAACUUGUCAAAGUUGUCGAUUUCAAAAGUGUUUGAAAAUUGGAAUGUUGGAAAAAGUUGUAGCUUCCCGGACACCAGUCAAUAGGAGAAGUGAAAACAAUCAAACUAUAUUGUCGGGACUUGAAAAAGCAUACGAUAAAUUGGAAAACUCCAGAGACAAUGUUUUCGAUAGAAAAAACAAAAUCCCCAAGUACUGCAAUCACCAGGAACUGGAUGACAUGUUCGAAAUUGACAUAAAACUAAUUUCCACGCAUUUCAUUCAAUUUUUUGAAUCUAAAUCUUCAUUGGAAAACAAUCAAAAUAAGGUUUUAUCUACCCACUUCAUUAUUCGAUUUUCACUUCUUGAAGUAGCUUUUAGAGCAUUUGGGAAACCUACAUACAUUUUACCAAAUAAUGAUAUCAUUGACGUAUCCAAAUUAGACAAAGUAUAUCAACAUUUGGAAACAGGUGAAGAUGAGAGAGGGAAGAACUCUCAAGUAAUUCUACAAAGAUUCUGGCAAAUGAAUGAGAAAACCAUGAAAACUGAAGUGUUUCCUGUAAACUUGGAUCAAUCUGAAUUUCUAUUUCUAUGUGCACUCAUCUACUGGGAUUUUGGAAUUGAAAAUCAAUCUGAAAAGUGUUUGGAAGAGUGUCAACGGAUGCGUACUCAAGUUUUAAAAGAACUCACUGAGUAUGAAAAAUCAAACUAUCCAGAAAAUGAACUCCGAGUUGCUCAAGUGAUUGGCAUCUUGCAAGCUCUGCAAAAAACAUUGGACGUGAUUCAACACAGCGGAUACAUUUCAAAUGUGUAUAAUUUAAAAGGAAAACAAUGCCCAUUGUAUGAAGCUACGAAUGAAUAAUAACUUUUUGUCAGAAUGGUAAUAAAUACACCAUGUAAUUUGACCUCUAUCAGUUGCCCCAAAUAUACACAAGUAUUUUUCAGCUUGCGUUAUACAAUAAAGUUCUUGUGACGUCA